AUUAUAAAUUCGCAAUAAAAUUCUUAGCGUACUCAUUGCGGGGAUUCGGCAUAAAUUUUCACAAGUGCAUUUGAAAUUUUUGCGUGAUUUUCCUGUUACUUUCAAAUGGUGAACAAUAAUGCAGUGAUAUUGCACACACGUGACUCACUCUUUCAUGAAACACAGGUCAUAUCACUCCAAUGUUUCCGCAAUCGCAUUCGAUGUUGAACGCUUACCCAGUUUGCAAUGCAUCGGGCUUUAUCAUUAGAUUUUUCUGACGUUUUCAUUGUUAAUGGAAGUGGUUACCACGAUAAAGAUUCUCAAGUUCUGCGAUAGCGAAUGAUAGCAUUAGUUAGCCGAUAUUGAAGUAGAUUUUUUUGUAGAUUAACGAUUCAACGUUAAAGGUGAAGUUGAGCAACGCUGAUUAUUUGGAUGUUUUUCACAAUGAGUUUUCAAGGUGAUUCAUUUUGUGAUUGAAAUACGUCAUGGGAGAGUUUUCAGUGAAUUAAUCCAUUGAAUGCAAUUUCUUCCGGCUAGGAGACAAGAUAACACAUCGAACCACUCCGACUUGUGGCCACCUGGCCAGGGAGGAAUUUAAUCAAUCUUCAGGAAAUUGAACCGAGCACAACUCAAAUAAUGAAUGAAACAAUAAGAAUAUUCUUCAUUCUCCUCAUGAAGAACUGGCACGUCCGCAAAAAAUGCUGGGUUCGCACCAUCGUAGUCCAAAUUAUAAUUCCAAUAGGUUUCUUCCUUAUCGCACAGACUAUUAGACUGUUAUCUGAUAAUUCAGCGAAGUAUGUGAAUAAAAUAACUUAUCAUGAGAUUCAAUCCAAGCAAAAUAUACUGAAUUAUCGAUGUGGACUGAACAACAUGAAUUAUCAUGAGAUUCAAUCUAAGCAGAGUCUGCAGAAUCGAACCUGCAGGUUGAACAUACUUCGCUUUACGCCAGAAACAAGUGCAACAAUCGAUUUGAUAAGAUACACGAGCAUGUGUUUAUCGGAAUACACAAUCAAUUCACCAGUCAACUUCAGUGGUGCUGUCGAUGAGCAGACAAUGGUGAAGGAUCUGACCCAAGAUCAAGUUGGAGAUGUUCCAGUGGAAUCCUUGGGAAUUGUUUUUGAAACAAAACUCGAUGAUUCUGUACCGAUUAAUUUCAAGUAUAAAUUCAGGACGAAAGGCGCGUUGGAGACCAAUUUGUACGAUGCAGAGGAAAAUGGAAACAUGGCGAAUCGUCUUAUGCUUCCUCCUACAGUAGUUCCCCUUCAAUUGUGUCUUGAUGAAGCCUACAUCAACUGGGUCUCACAAACUUCCUCGGGGGCUGUCAAGUACAGCCCGAAAAUCUCAAUUCAGCAAAUGCCUUAUCCACCCUAUACGAAGGUCGAUAGGGGUACCACCAUUGGAGGAAAAAUCUUCUCGGAGACUAUAAAAUUCGUAUUCUUGAUCAUUCUCUGCAUCGAGAUCGCGUACCCUGCCAUUGAAAAAAAUAUUGGCAUUAAUAUCCUCAUGUCUGUUAAUGGAGUUACAGCGAAGAUGAAUCUGCUCAGUUGGUUUACGAGUGCAGCGGUCUUCAGCACUUUCUACCUAGCUCCUUUUGUUAUCAUCAUGAGACACUUUAUGCCACCAGAAGUUGUUCCAUUCUUGUCUUUUGGGGAUCCAUUUAUUGUGUGGUUUGUGCUGCUCGUUAAUCUCUGCCAUACGAUCUCCUUCGGUUAUCAUAUGUCAUCGCAUUUCUGGAAACCAUCAAAUGGCAUCUUUGCAACUUUCGUGUUCCUCGCCGUACUGAAUAAUAUUUCCAAUUUCGCUACCUCCGCUGCCAUUCGACACACCUUCUUGUACAUCGGUUUGAUAUGCCCAUCGAUCCUCUUGCAGAGAAUGUUCGAGGAAAUAACAGUCUACGAGAGCAAGCUCGUGGGCAUCAGUUGGUCCAAUAUGUUUACAGUCAGCUCAGCAGAUGUGCCAAGUGAAGGAAGUGUUGGAGUCAUGUUGAUCUUCUCCAUCAUUGGCAUUCUCUUCAACUUCUGCAUGGCUCUUUACACUUAUGCAGUCCGCCCAGGUAAAUAUGGAGUAAGCCGAAAUCCAAUCCCCUGUUUUCGACAUGAUAGAAAUAUGGAAUACAACGAGAAAGAGAUAGAUUUUGGGAGAAUAAACAGCAGGACAGAGUUUGAACAAAUUCCUGAGGGGACAUUCGAGGCAGGAAUAAGGAUUAGAGAUUUGAAAAAAACAUACACGAAAGGCUUUAUAAAACCGUCUAAAGUUGAUGCAUUGAAAGGGGUCUCCAUGGAUUUUUAUAAAAGUCAAAUAACAGUUCUACUUGGUCACAAUGGCGCCGGCAAAACAACAAUGAUGUCCAUUUUGUCAGGUUUAACUGAUUUAACUGAGGGUGCAAUACUCAUCGAUGGUAAGAACAUCCAGCGAGACCCAUCCACCAUAAGAAACAAUAUUGGUCUGUGCCCACAAGAGAACAUGGUCUUUCCAGAAUUGACAGUCCAUCAACAACUUUUCUUCUUCGGAACUCUGAAAAGCCGUAACAAAACAAGAAACCAAUUGAAUUCGGAAAUAGAUACUUUAUUGGAGAAGGUGAAUCUCACGGAGAAACGAAAUUUCACACCUAAGCAGUUAUCAGGAGGACAAAAGAGACGACUGUGCCUUGCGAUGGCUGUGAUUGGUGAUGGUAACGUUUUGAUAUUGGAUGAGCCAACCUCCGGAAUGGAUGCAGAAAGUAAACGCGAGGUUUGGGAUAUUAUUCUCAAAAUGAGGGGUGAAAAAACCAUAAUAAUAAGCACCCACGACAUGGAGGAGGCCGACAUCCUUGGAGACAGAAUAGCGAUAAUGCACACAGGGAAAUUGAAAAGCUACGGAACAUCAAUGUUUCUGAAGAAAUUGUACGGAGACGGUCAGGUUGAAGUGACAUUAUCUGUAGAACCAUGGUGUGAUUCUUCGAAAGUAAUUCAAGAGAUUGGAGUCUCAGCUCAAUUAUUGAAUCAAGACGAGGGUAAAAUGGUAUUGGCAAUUCCCCAGGUUGAAUCAUUACCACAAACUCUGGAUCAUUUGGAAUCUUCACGAAAGACCUUAGGUAUCACUGGAAUGAGUGUUUCCAUUAUUACGUUGGAGCAAGUAUUCCUGAGAGUAACUAGAGAUGAUGCUGAUACAGUUGAGUCGAAAGAGCAGAUUGGAUACUCAGGGAAAGCAACAGGCCUGGAGUAUUUGCGCCAGUGCUUCUUUGCCUUUUUCCAGAAAAAAUUCACAUCAAUACAGAAAAAUAUGAUGCUAUUCUGGUUGAGUUUAUUACUCCCCUGCUUAGCGUGUACAAUAAUGUUGACAGCAUUCGCAGGAAGACCGAAACAAGGUACACCAAUUUCAUUGACACUGAAGUCCUACAAUUCUCCGUCAGCUUUGAUCAAAUCUCCAUACAAUGCUGUGGAUAACAUGUACGCAAAAAGUGUUAAUCAAUUCGGUGGAGAGACUGAGAUAAUCUCCCAGAAGUCAAUGAGUGUUACGAAUGCCCUCUUGAAAGCAGCUGACGAUGAUAUCGGAAAGUACAGGAAUAAAUACAUUGUUUCAGCGGAGAUUAAUGGAACUGGUGCGGAUAUGAAAGCUAAUGGAUUUUACUCAGGAACAGCGUAUUUGGGAAUUCCCAUAACACUGAACACUCUAUCGAAUGCUUUUCUCAAAGCUGUCACUGAAAAUGAAUCUCACAAAAUUGAAGCUUCGAUCCAGCAAAUUCCAUCAUCCUGGGCCAUUCAACAAACGGACGUGGCUGAUGGUUGGAUGAUAACUGUUGCCAUAAUUAUCUACCUAGCACCAGCUAUAGGUUUGCAUAUAACUCAGCCUCUGGAAGAAGCCCGGUCUGGAAUCAAACAGCUCCAAAAUAUGACUGGGGCUUCGAAAUUAGCAUAUUGGGCCUGCAUGUUCUUAUUUGAUUACAUCCAAUAUGUACUGUCGAUUCUACUCCUUCUAGCUUCAUUCGUACUAGUCGACCAGUCAUUGGAAAUGAAAUUCUACCAUGAAACUGAGAUCCUUGUAUUUGCCGAGCUCAUGCUGCUAUUCGGAUUGAGCAUGCUACCGUUUAUUUAUUGCAUCAGUUUCCUAAGGAAGUCGUUGAAUGCUACUAUGAUUUUCCAGAGUGUUGCUCCAUCAGUUUUGGGAUUGAUGGAAAUGAUACUAACUACUGUUGAGAUGAAGUGGGAUAAUGAAAUAUUUAAGGGUUUUAGACAUGUGCAGAGUAAACUCUUUCAAGUAUUUCCUUUUUUGAGUUUCAUACAAGGACAUGCAACGUUCUUUACUGUGGUAUCGAAGAAUGCAAGAUGCCGGAGGAUGACUGAUGAAUUCAUCACUGUUUCAUGCAUCAUCAAGGAUCCAUGCUGUGGAAGACAGUGCACUAAUGGUGACUGCAAGAAUCCAUUCCCUUAUUUCGACGAUAAUCCUGCUAAAACUUCUCCGAAUCUCUCUACCAGUAUGAUUUAUCUAACAGGCUCAUUCUUCUUAUUCUCUGGAAUUAUUUUCAUAGUUGAACAGCGGCUUGUUCAGAGAAUUGUUAGGAAGAUAGUAAGAAAACAUUUCCAAAGAGAUGUCUUUACUGAAAUGGAUGAAUUGGUGAAGAAGGAAAGAACAAUUGUUGCUGACGAAGUGCGAAAGAAAAUCAAUUCUAUUAACGAUGGUGAAAGCGAGAACGUGUUCUUAGUUCAUGAUUUGAAGAAAAGGUAUGGUAAAUUCGAUGUGGUGAAGGGGAUAAGUUUCAGGGUGAAAGAGAGUGAAUGUUUUGGGUUGCUGGGGGUGAAUGGCGCUGGAAAGAGUACGACAUUUAGAAUGCUGACUGGAGAAGAAAUGCCGAAUGGUGGACAGAUGUGGCUGAGAAACUUUAAUAUUGAAAGCAGUCGAGUUGAAUAUCUUCGAGAAAUGGGUUACUGUCCGCAGCAAGAUGCUAUUAUGGGGAAUCUGAAUACUUGGGAUCAUUUGUACUUAUUCGCAAGGCUUCGAGGUGUUCCGAAGGAUCAAGUACAGGAUGUCGUCGAGAAAUGGAUUAGGAAACUCAAUCUGACAGCGUGUGCUGAUCAACCCAGCAAUACGUACAGUGGUGGUAAUAAAAGACGAUUGAAUAUUGCAAUUGCACUUAUUGGUAAUCCAUCUUUAGUUCUGAUGGAUGAACCGACGACUGGUGUGGAUCCAGCAGCUAGAAGAUCACUGUGGAAUACACUGAAAAUCUGCCAAGCCUCUGGACAAUCAAUUAUUCUGACUUCACACAGUAUGGAGGAGUGCGAGGUAUUGUGCAAUCGCCUCGUUAUUAUGGUGAAAGGUCAGUUAGUCUGCGUUGGUGCUAGUCAAGAAUUGAAGCAACGCUUCGGCGCUGGUUACAAUAUUCACGUGAAACUGUUCCCCAAUCGAACUUAUGACGACGUCGAGGAUAUCAAAAAGAAAAUCGAGAUCAAUCUAAGGUGUAAAUUAACAGAUGAAAAUUCAGGUUUUCUCAACUACCAUGUUACGGAUUCCAUAGCCACUUGGACGCAGAUGUAUUCACUGCUCCAUGAGUUGAAGAAUGAUUACAGUUGUAUCGAAGAUUUUGCUGUUCUCUCUUCAACACUCGAGCAAUUAUUCAUCCAAUUCGCCCGAUUAUCUGUUGGUGGACAAUUAAAUAAUGGAUACGUACAUGAAGAACUACACAAGCAAAAUCAUACGGAAGCACCAGUUUAACUUUUUGUUCACUCCAACA